GUAUGUGUCUGAAAUAUCAGUGUCCUCAGUUUCUAGAUGUUAUUUUUUAAUUUUUAUUUUCUUCACACCCUUUUCCCCUAAUUAGAAUGUAUAACAUCAUCUGAGUCAGUAGUUUUAAACAUGGCCUCACAUCAGAAUCACCUGGGAAGCUUUUAAUAAAUAGUGAUGCUCUCACCCUAUCUGUGCAGAAUCUGAUUUGGUUGGUGGGUCUCAGGCUUUGGUAUGUAUUAAAAGCCUCCCAGAUAAUUCUGCUGUAUAGUUAGCUUUGGGAAUGUUGUGUGGUUCGAUUCAGUUUUGUCUGUUAAAUAGUUGUAGAAAUGGGUUAACACAGCUUGGAGCAAAUAUAUUACUAUUUUAAAUUCUGUACAAAAACAGUGAUAGAAUUUAACCUGCAAAAAAUUAUCUAGAAAUUGUUAACAAUGCAGUGUUUUGAAUCUUACUCAUUUUAACCAUUGUGGGAUUGAUCCUAGCAACCUGCGUUUUUCACUGUUGUAGAUGAUUGUGAUGCAGGUGGCUCGUGAUCCAUUGCAUUAAGCCAGUCUGAUUCUAGCCAGGAUCUAUGUUUACUGAGGAAUUUGCAUCUUCUCUUGUUGAGAAAACUUGACUUUGACAAGGAAGAUGAAGUCCUCGGUACAUUCUGAAGAGGAUGAUUUUGUUCCAGAACUACAUAGAAACGUACAUCCUAGAGAGCGGCCUGAUUGGGAAGAAACACUUAGUGCAAUGGCAAGAGGAGCAGACGUUCCAGAGAUUCCUGGAGACCUUACACUUAAGACAUGUGGCAGUACAGCCAGUAUGAAGGUUAAGCAUGUAAAAAAGUUACCCUUCACUAAAGGUCACUUUCCGAAGAUGGCUGAAUGUGCCCAUUUCCAUUAUGAGAAUGUUGAGUUUGGCAGCAUACAGCUUUCACUUUCAGAAGAGCAGAAUGAUAUAACGAAAAAUGGCUGUGAAUCUAAAGAGCUGGUCUACCUCGUGCACAUCGCUUGUCAGGGCAAAAGUUGGAUUGUUAAAAGAAGUUAUGAAGAUUUUCGGGUACUUGAUAAACACCUUCAUCUCUGUAUUUAUGACCGCCGAUUCUCCCAGCUCUCAGAGCUUCCCCGUUCUGAUGCCCUGAAGGACAGUCCAGAGUCGGUCACUCAGAUGCUUAUGGCUUACCUGUCCCGCCUUUCAGCUAUUGCUGGCAACAAGAUCAAUUGUGGACCUGCCCUUACCUGGAUGGAGAUUGAUAAUAAAGGAAAUCACCUUCUAGUUCAUGAGGAGUCAUCCAUUAACACUCCUGCUGUUGGUGCUGCCCAUGUUAUUAAGAGAUACACUGCUCGAGCCCCUGAUGAAUUGACCUUAGAGGUGGGAGACAUUGUUUCUGUAAUCGACAUGCCCCCUAAAGUGUUGAGCACGUGGUGGAGAGGCAAGCAUGGAUUUCAGGUGGGACUCUUCCCUGGACACUGUGUUGAGUUAAUUAACCAGAAAGUUCCCCAGUCAGUGACCAACUCAGUGCCAAAACCAGUGUCUAAAAAGCACGGCAAGCUCAUUACUUUCUUACGCACAUUCAUGAAGUCUCGUCCAACAAAACAGAAGCUAAAGCAGCGGGGGAUCUUGAAAGAGAGGGUGUUUGGUUGUGAUCUGGGGGAGCACCUUCUGAAUUCUGGUUUUGAAGUGCCUCAGGUUCUUCAAAGCUGUACAGCAUUCAUUGAAAGAUAUGGCAUCGUGGAUGGAAUUUAUCGUCUCUCUGGCGUUGCCUCCAAUAUCCAGAGACUACGCCAUGAAUUUGACUCAGAACAUGUCCCCGACCUGACAAAAGAACCAUAUGUUCAAGACAUCCAUUCUGUAGGCUCCCUCUGUAAGCUGUAUUUCCGAGAACUCCCAAACCCUCUGCUCACUUACCAGCUUUAUGAGAAAUUUUCCGAAGCUGUUUCAGCAGCAACAGAUGAAGAAAGGCUGAUAAAAAUCCACGAUGUCAUCCAGCAGCUCCCCCCUCCACACUAUAGAACACUGGAGUUCCUAAUGAGACACUUGUCUCUUCUAGCUGACUAUUGUUCCAUCACAAAUAUGCAUGCAAAAAACCUCGCAAUUGUUUGGGCUCCAAACCUGCUACGAUCAAAACAGAUAGAAUCUGCCUGCUUCAGUGGCACAGCAGCUUUCAUGGAAGUGAGAAUUCAGUCUGUGGUUGUUGAAUUCAUCCUCAAUCACGUAGAUGUCCUCUUCAGUGCGAAAAUCAGUGCCGUCAUUCAGGAAGGAGCAGUUUCUCUAGCAAGACCCAAGUCCCUGCUGGUUCCCUCUCCAUCUACAAAGCUGCUGACAUUGGAGGAAGCCCAGGCACGAACACAAGCUCAGGUCAAUUCUCCAAUCAUGACUGAAAAUAAAUACAUAGAAGUAGGAGAAGGACCUGCUGCACUUCAGGGAAAAUUUCAUACCAUAAUUGAGUUCCCACUUGAAAGGAGGAGGCCUCAAAACAAAAUGAAGAAAUCUCCUGUGGGCAGCUGGCGUUCCUUUUUCAACUUGGGGAAAUCAUCGUCGGUUUCUAAACGGAAGCUGCAGCGUAAUGAAAGUGAACCCUCUGAGAUGAAAGCCAUGGCUCUGAAAGGUGGCAGGGCAGAAGGAACCCUCCGCUCAGCUAAAAGUGAAGAGUCUCUUACUUCUCUCCAUGCAGUUGAUGGUGAUUCCAAGCUGUUCCGACCCAGAAGACCCAGAUCUAGCAGUGAUGCAUUGAGUGCCUCUUUUAAUGGAGAAAUGUUGGGGAAUCGCUGUAAUUCCUAUGAUAAUCUGCCCCAUGACAAUGAAAGUGAGGAGGAAGUAGGGCUGCUCCAUAUUCCAGCUCUGAUGUCUCCUCAUUCGGCUGAGGAUGUGGAUUUGAGCCCACCAGACAUUGGAGUAGCCAGCCUGGAUUUCGAUCCAAUGUCAUUUCAGUGUAGUCCUCCUAAGGCCGAAUCAGAAUGUCUGGAGAGUGGUGCUUCCUUUUUAGAUUCCUUAGGAUACUCCAAGGAUAAAACAAGUACCAGUAUAAAGGAUGCAGAAGCAAGUGGUAACCAGUCGCAGACUCCAGGAAGCACUGCAAGUUCUGAACCUGUCUCUCCUCUUCAGGAGAAGUUGAGUCCAUUCUUUACCCUGGACUUGAGCCCAAAUGAAGAGAAAUCAUCUAAGCCAGCCUCAUUCACUGAAAAGGUUGUCUAUGCUUUCUCUCCAAAGAUUGGACGUAAAUUAAGCAAAUCACCUUCUAUGAACAUCUCUGAGCCAAUUUCAGUGACCCUUCCCACGAGGGUAUCAGAAGUCAUGGGUACAAUUUCAAACACAGCAGCUCAGAAUCCACCUUCUCCAACCUGGAACAAAAGUAUUGAAGAAAGUGAUGUCACAAAUAGAUCUCCUACCCAAGUAGUGAAGAUGAAAAUAAAUGAGAAUGAGACUCAAGCAGAAUGUGAGUCUGAAGUCCAGCCCCUGGACCAGGUGGCUGCUGUAGAAGUAGAGUCGCCAGGGAAGGAGGAGCAGGUCGUCUCCAGCAGUCAGAGUAAGGCUAUACCUUCUGGACAGACUCAGACAGGAGCAGUUACCCAUGACCCCCCUCAGGAUUCCGUUCCCGUCAGUUCAGUCUCUAUUAUCCCACCACCACCGCCUCCGAAAAAUGUUGCCCGCCUACUGGCGCUAGCAUUAGCUGAGUCUGCGCAGCAAGCCUCAACUCAGUCACUGAAGAGACCAGGGACUUCCCAGGCUGCUUAUACAAACUAUGGAGACAUAGCAGUAACUACAGUUGAAGACAAACCACCUAGUUCCUACUCUAGUGUUACUCUAGAUAGAGCCUGUUUCCAAACUGAUAGGCCAGCCGCACCAUUACACCUCCAGAACAAUGCAUCUGGGAACUGUGACCAGCCUGUGCCAGAUGCAGCAGCCAUGGAGGAUCACACCAAUUCCAAAGCAACUGAAUCUGGGGAGCAACUCCACCAGGCAGACUUACCAGGGACUCAGCCACAUCGAACCUAUUUAUCCAGAGACCCAGAAAAGACCAGAAUCACUUCAGUUCCUUUGAUAGACUCUAAGUCUGAUGAUCUCAUAAAUUUCUCUGAAGACCAGCCAGGGAGGACCAGUAUGCCAACGGUCUCCUUUGCGGAUCAGGACCAGUGUCAGCUUCAUUUCUUCAGUGAAGAGGAGCCUCCUUCUUACCUUGGUGCAAGUGUGGAAAAGUCCCAGCACCCUUCAGAACUUGCAGACAAAUCUCUCACACCUUCUAAUUUGCCUCGUGACAAAGUCUACCCUCCUUCUGGGUCCCCUGAAGAGAAUACCAGCACAGCCACCACAGCUUACAUGACAGCUACUCCAGCAGCAGCUGAAAUAAGCGCCAGGGAAGCCAACUGGGACUUGGUGGAACAAUCCACCGCAGCGGACUUUGCUGCUGCCACCCUUCAGCGUACUCAUAGAACUAAUCGUCCCCUUCCCCCGCCUCCUUCCCAGAGAUCAGCAGAGCAGCUACAGGUCGUGGGGCAGGUACAAGCAGCAAGCAAUAUAGAAUUAACUAAUUCCCACAAGCAGGUUCAAGCAGGAGUCCCAGCUCCAGAGAGGCCACCUGAACCCAGAGCCAUGCAUGACCCUGCGGCUGUCCUCGUCGGUGAUGGUAGUCUGGCUGCUCAGUGUCCAAUCUCUGCUCCUGCUAUCCAGCCAGGCCUUCCUGAGAAGGUGCGGGAAGGUGCCAGGGCCCCGCCGCUGCACCUGCGUGCCGAGUCUGUCCCUGUAUACUCCUCCUGCGGCUUCAGCGCGCCAGUCCCCCCUACCAGGACACUGGAGAGUAAAAUUGCUGCCGCCAUGCACUCUAACAGCGCAGAUGCCACAGGCAGCUCCGGUUUCCUUCCCUUUGUCACGGCUCCCUCGGCCUCUGUGGAUGAUCUUUUGCCUUUACCUCUUCCUGUCCCACAGCCUAAGCAUGCUUCGCAAAAAAUGGCCUAUUCUACCUUUGUUAGGCCUGAUUUCACCACUGAGCCCUUUGGUCCAGAAAACUGUGUGCAUUUCAGUAUGACUCCAAACUGCCAGUACCGCCCCCAGAGUGUACCUCCACAUCACAAUAAAUUGGAUCAACACCAAGUAUAUGGUUCCAGAUCCGAGCCACCAGCCUCCAUGGGUCCCCGCUAUAACACCUACGUGGCCCCGGGAAGAAAUGCAUCUGGACACCACUCCAAGCCAUGCAGCCGGGUUGAGUAUGUGUCUUCGCUGACUUCCUCCAUCAGGAGUGCUUGUUACCCUGAAGAUAUCCCUCCGUACCCCACCAUCCGGAGGGUGCAGUCUCUCCAUGCCCCUCCAUCUUCCAUGAUUCGCUCUGUUCCCAUUUCACGGACAGAAGUUCCCCCAGAUGAUGAACCAGCCUAUUGCCCAAGACCCCUGUACCAGUAUAAGCCAUAUCAGUCCUCCCAGGCCCGCUCGGAUUAUCACGUAACCCAGCUUCAGCCUUACUUCGAGAAUGGUCGGGUCCACUACCGGUAUAGCCCAUAUUCCAGUUCUUCUGGUUCCUAUUACAGUCCAGAUGGAGCCCUGUGUGACGUGGAUGCCUAUGGCACAGUACAGCUGAGGCCCCUUCACCGCCUGCCCAAUCGUGAUUUUGCUUUCUACAAUCCGAGGUUGCAAGGGAAGAACUUGUACAGUUACACUGGUUUGCCCCCACGUCCCAGGGCCAACAUGACUGGGUAUUUCUCUGGUAAUGACCAUAAUGUACUCAACAUGCCUCCAACUGCUGAUGUCAAGCACACUUACACCUCAUGGGAUCUGGAGGACAUGGAAAAGUACCGCAUGCAGUCCAUCCGGAGAGAGAGCCGUGCUCGGCAGAAGGUGAAAGGGCCAGUUAUGUCUCAGUAUGACAACAUGACCCCAGCUGUGCAAGACGACUUGGGUGGGAUCUAUGUCAUCCACCUGCGUAGUAAAUCAGAUCCUGGGAAAACUGGACUCCUGUCAGUGGCAGAGGGAAAGGAGGGGCGGCACCCAGCCAAGGCCAUCAGUCCCGAGGGAGAUGACCGCUUCUAUAGGAAGCACCCAGAGCCAGAGUUUGAUAGAACCCACCAACACGGGGGAUAUGGCAAUGGACAGCCAGAAAAACCAUCCCUCCCUCAGAAGCAAAGCAGCCUCAGGAACAGGAAGCUUCAUGACAUGGGUUGUAGUCUCCCUGAGCACAGGGCACAUCAGGAAGCAAGCCAUAGGCAGCUGUGUGAAUCAAAAAAUGGGCCACCUUACCCCCAGGGAGCUGGCCAAUUUGAUUAUGGGCCCAAAGGGAUUCCAGACACUUCUGAGCCAGUCAGCUACCAUAACUCUGGAGGGAAAUAUGUCACAUCAGGGCAGGAGUCUUUAAGACUGAACCAUAAAGAGGCACGGCUCUCCAAAGAGCUGGAGAGGCCUCGGGCUAGGCAGCCUCCUGCCCCAGAGAAGCACUCCAGAGACUGCUACAAGGAGGAGGAACACCUCACUCAGUCAAUAAUCCCACCCCCUAAACCAGAGAGGAGUCAUAGCCUGAAACUCCAUCAUCCCCAGAACGUGGAGAGAGACCCCAGUAUGCUGUACCAAUACCAAACACAUGGCAAGCGUCAGAGCAGUGUGACUGUCAUGUCCCAGUAUGACAACCUGGAGGGGUACCACUCCCCGCCCCAGCACCAGCACCAGCGAGGAGGCUUUGGAGCAGCAGCAAUGGGGACAUAUGUGCCCUCUGGCUUUCCCCAUCCACAGAACAGGACAUAUGCCACAGCUUUGGGUCAGGGGGCCUUCCUGCCCACAGAGUUGGCCUUGCAGCAUCCCGAAACACAGAUCCAUGCAGAAUGAGCCCUGGGAGCAAUAGAGUUGAAGCAGCCUCUGCUGGACAGUGGACUGUUCUAUUUUUUUCAAUAACCAAAAAGAGUAAAAAAAAAAAGCUACAAAACCCCUGACCACAUUAAAAAAUAUGAAGAAAAAUAAAUCACCACUCUUUUCCUCCCUUCCCUGCUUCAUUACCACCUCUUUCAUCUAUAGACUGUGUCAUUUUUGUCAUUAAAAGAGAUCUGAAUGAUGGUAAAGCACUGUGUUGAAAACCUAGUGAAGAAAUUUGUCACAGGCCAUACUUGCCACGUAGGGCGACUUUGUAAGAGCUUGAGGACGCCUUUAGCUGAAUUUGAAUUUAACUCUGUCCUUAGUGUUUGCUGUCUAGUUCAGAGCAGUUUGCAGCUGUUCCUGGCAGGCUUUUGCACUUUCUCUUGUGUUUCUGUUUCCUUCCGUGGCCAUGCAGUCUGCCCAGAUUGACAUUCAGUUUUCUCACUUCAUUCUCCCAGUCUUUGAAGGGUCUUGUGAGUGAAAUUAGAUCUGAACAGCUUCUCCCUGAUCCUUCAGAUAAGUCUUUCUGACAGUUCACAAUGUUAUAAAAUCAUUAAGCCUUUACAUGAAGAGUCGUCAUAAAGUGUCAGACCAUGUAGAUGCAGACUGAAUCAUACCCUUUACAUUAUUUUCAUGCUUGCUCUCACAGUUCAGUGAACCAGGCUCAGGUCUCUGCAGAAAGGAGUUUUUAAAGUUAGAAGUAAGGACGUUUCUUAGGUGGAAGUCGGUGAAAUUGGUGUGUCAGUGCUUCUAAUGUGUUGCCUGCCUUCAGUUAAUUUUUUUCUCAAUAUUAUUUGGCAAGUUGUAAUCCCAGCAAACAUUUCAUACCAUAUGGUCUUCAACAGCAACUUUUUUUUCACUAGAAAAAAAAUUAAAUAGCGUCAAAAACCAGCAUGAUUUGACUAGAUAAUUACACAAUUUAUCAUGAUUACAAAUCUACAUGUUAAUUUCUUUUUGUGAACCAGAAUAGAGGUUUCCUGGGAAUUCUCACGGUAGCUAUGAAUUAUCUGUUAGUAAGGUGAAAAUUCUUAGAGUAAUCACUAAAUGUAUACAACCAUUCACUGGUUGGAAUUCUGGCGCUUACCGUGUGUCCUCAGGAAUCAUCAUGCUGGUUGUUCACUCUGUACUCUCUGAUCACAGUCUCACUGUAAUUGUCAUCUAUACCAGCGUGUCAUGUAUAGCUUUUAUACUGUAGACAUGUUAAACAUGUUUAAUCCCCAAGACUUUCUUUUGAAAGUUGCAUUCCUGAUUAGGGGUAAACGCCUCUCUCGCCCAAGUCCAUUUCAGUUUCUCAGCCCUCCUCAGACUAAAAAGGCAGUCCUAUAUUUACAAAUUGAGUUUUGGUUGUCAUUUCAUUCCAUAACUCUGAAUAGUACUUGAGUUUCAUACAUUCACAUGUUUUAAAUAACUCAGUUUGUAGAAGACACUAGGAGAAUUUCAUUCCGUGUAUUGGAUGAUUGCUGCUCCAGCUUUUUAAAACUUGUAAUUUUAUUUAGAGCAAAGGAAGAAAUCUUCUAUGAGACAAAACUCAUGCUGCUAUUAUUGCUGUGAAAUUGUGUGAAGAUUAGGGUUCAUGCCAAUUUUUUAAAAAAAAUUAAGCGUGCAUUUUCAAAGGUUUAUAUUUAGAAAAAAAAAUCUUAACACAUUUAUGUAUAUGAAAAAAUCUAUAAGGUUUUCUUCUGUUUCCCCAGAAUUAUCAGAGGGAUUCAAUAAAAACCAUGGCAGAAAUCUUGAAAUACAGAUAUGGGAAAGGUCUGGAAACUUACAGACCUUUCCACUAAAGUGCAGACGCAAGGGGCAUCAUCCCGUCAUAACAGUAAUCCUAACAGGCUGCGGCUCGUAGCACGCAGGCACCUGGGUGCUGUGUUCAGGAGUUUGAUCUGUGGUGACUGCAGCUCGAAUUAACUUUUUUUUAACUACAACUAUAUUUUGUCUAGUAGGCAGCCCAUUGCCCCUUUGAGAUUGUACAAACCCUCUUAGGUUCUCAACCAGCAGCGUGGAGAUUAGAGAGAGUUGCUGGUGUGACAAGGAGCUACUGUUGGCUUAACUGAACCCAGAAGCUUGUGGCUGAAGAAGUCCUGUCCAAUUUUAAUAUUUGUGGAUUUGUCAUCAUUUUGAUUACUCCUGGAAUCAAAAUCUAUUUUAUAAAUACUAAGGUUAGUUCCUCAAAGUAAUUUGAUAUCCUCUGGGUUUGAAAUUAUCAGGUAAAUAUUUUGAAUGCAGAAUAAUGACUCAGAUUACAGAUGUUAAGUGUGAAACACAAACUUUAGGUAAAAUCUAGAGUUGUUUCAUGUAACGUACAUAGAUACAGCCUUAACUUGGAUUCAGUUAUUUGAAGCACUUUGCCUGUAUCUUUUCCUUUCUAAUCUCAUAGGGUAGAAAUUGGAUGGCAAAUCACUGUGAGCCAGGUUACCUCAGCAUAGUUCACCUUGGGUGUGACUUCACAAGAGCAAGCAAAUGUUCUUUCUUGGAAAUGUUGACGUGGAGCAUUCUGAUCAAAGAAAUGGAGCCGCCUUAUGCAUUAAAUCUACAAUUUAAUUCUACUGGUAUUUUCAUAGUCAUUUUCCAGAGUUUAUCUUUUUGAUAAAAUGUUGAUGCCACAGCUUGGUUUGAUGAAAUAAAAAUUCCCUGGAGUCUGGCCAGAACCUUUGCUAACAGCCCCGGAGGUGCCAUUUUCUUAUUAAUAAAUUUCAUCUGAGCCUUAUUGCUUACUAUACUAGGUUUCCUUUUAAACAUGCAAGUCCCUGGGGGGUGGUCCCAAGGAUAGGGCCUGAAUAUAUAUAAUGACAAAGCAUUUUUUCAAAGUUAGGGUCAGGUUGAAAAAUUCUAGGACUAACUGUAGAGAAGAGGGACCAUUUACGUGAGAAAGCACGGAAGGGUAGGUUACCAUAUUUGAAGCAGCAAUACAUUCAUCCCAUGUAAACUUGAAACUUUUCAAAGAAGCCUGCAAAGUCCAUAUUUCUGUUCCCAGCCCUGCCAGUCAAACAUUUUCAGUAUGCUUCAAAGUUUCGUCUGAGCAGAAUGUGUAAGGAAAUAAGAAUGAAAGCAAAAGUAUGUCAGAAAGUUACUUCCAAAUGGUUAGAGGCAUGUGAUUUUCAGUACUGUGUGUUACGGAAAUGUCAGGAAUGGUAUAUUUUAACUGCAAGAUAAUGUCAGUGUGCACAGAGGGUCUUCUUUUCCUUUUCUGAUUAGUACUGUUAGUGUUCAAAGAGUAAAGAUGGUUGUUUUACAGUUUAGAUUCCAAGGUAGCAAAACCUGAUUUUUCAACCAUGACCUGCAUGAGAGAAGCAUCCUAGAAAGUCUUAGAUCAUAUUUUUAAGUUCUUAACUUUAAUUUAUAUAGUGUUUUUUUAUGUUUUAAUAUUUUUGUGAACUGGUGUAAAUUGUUAAUGCAUAUAAGCUUGUGUAUUUUUGUAAAUAGUUUUGUGAUUUAUUUCUUGACCCAUAUGUAAAUAUUUAGAGUCUCAUUUCUUCAAAACUUAUUUGAAGCUGAGUUGUGGGUUUGGGGUUUUGUUUGUUUCUUUGUUUUGAUUGGGGGUGGGGGGCAAGAAGGGAUUUUGUACUCUGCUAAUCCAGAUAACGCUAUCUUGUGGUUUAAAGCAAAUGUCCCACUGGAAGCAAUUCAGAUAUCAACAAAAUUAUUUCAGGUUAAAACAGACUUCUUUGUGUAUGUGUUUCCUUUUUAACCUAACGUGAACUAUAACAAAACAAAUGGGACACUUGACUGGGGAUAUCGAGACCAAAAGAUUAAUGUUUAUUUGACAUGUUAUUACAUCAAAUGAGAUGUUUUGUGAAGGAAGGGAUUUAAUGAUGAUAACUGUACAGUAUACUACAGCCUGGCCCAGUUUUCACCAGGUCAAACAUUAUUAUCUUCAGAACUGCUGUGGGCUCUUGAUCUGGACAAAGUCUAGGAUGGCCAUAAGGAAUCUCUGCUCUGCCCUAACUUCUAGCUUGCAGUUCCCAGGAAACUGAAUAUUAAUUGGCUGUUCUCAGGACUCUCCAGAAGGGGAUUCUGAGUAACAGCCAUAUUUCUAAUGAUCCCCACAAGGCAUCUUGAGCAUCCCAUUACUUUUCAGUGUAGAAUGACCCACGGGGAGUCACUCCUGUAUUUGGUCACCUGCAGCAAGUGGGUUUGUGGCAGGCAAGGUAUAGUGUCCCAAUGAGAUGUCAUAGGUCUGAACCAAGUGCUGCAAGUAACCCAGCUGCCCAACAGGGUCCAGACUGUGCUGGGCGAGAGUCCUUCCCAAAAGACGUAUUUCAGUAUCAGUCAUGAUGUUUAAAAGAAAAGGAACCCACUUCAGUAUUCAGCUAUUGAAAUACUAGUUUUUCUACUAGGAAUCAUAAAUUACAAGUCAUUCUGUAAAAUAUGAGGUCUUAUCCCAUUUUGCCACUAAUAGGGAAAGUAGUCUCACUAGUACUGAUGGCCCUGGUGAGGCACCUGCAUUCCACACUCUGGACUAUAAGCAUCGAUGCAGCUGCUUCCUAUAAACACUCCCUGAUAUGGGUUUGUUUUUUUUUUUAAUAGAGGCAUGUUUUUAUUUAUUUAUUUGUUUAUACAAGCACUGGGUGCAGUCAGAAGUGCGGGAGGGUGAGAGAAUUCACC